CAAAGUGGCCAUGGCCGCCGCCAUCGCCAGUUCCCUCAUCAGGCAGAAGCGGCAGGCGAGGGAGCGGGAAAAGUCCAACGCCUGCCGCUGUGUCAGCAGCCCCAGCAAGAGCAAAGGCAACUGCGACAAGCCCGGGCGGCUCAACGUCUUCUCCCGGGUCAAACUCUUUGGCUCCAAGAAGCGGCGCAGGAGGCGGCCAGAGCCCCAGCUGAAGGGCAUCGUGACCAAGCUGUACAGCCGACAAGGGUUCCAUCUGCAGCUGCAGGCCGACGGAACCAUUGAUGGAACCAAGGAGGAGGACAACGGCUACGCCAUGUUCAACCUCAUCCCAGUGGGUCUGCGAGUGGUGGCCAUCCAGGGCGUGCAGACCAAACUCUACCUGGCCAUGAACAGCGAGGGCUUCCUGUACACGUCGGAACACUUCACGCCGGAGUGCAAAUUCAAGGAGUCGGUGUUCGAGAACUACUACGUGACGUAUUCCUCCAUGAUCUACCGCCAGCAGCAGUCGGGCAGGGGCUGGUACCUCGGUCUGAACAAGGAGGGGGAAAUCAUGAAGGGCAACCACGUCAAGAAGAACAAGCCGGCGGCACACUUCCUGCCCAAACCUCUGAAAGUGGCGAUGUACAGAGAGCCAUCCCUCCACGACCUGACAGAGUUCUCCCGCUCCGGCAGUGGCACACCCACCAAGAGUCGGAGUGCCUCGGCGAUGCUGAACGGCGGCAAAGCUGUGAGCCAGAACGAGUCGACGUAGCCCCGCCUGCAGGACCGAACCUUGAAACCUUACCUCCAGCAGAGCGCGCAUCCAAGCAGACCCUCUCUUGUAUCAGCGGUUCAGCACUUGCUGCGACAUACCAAACAUCGACACCUAGAAAACAUCAAUGACGAUCAUUUAACAAAAAAAAAAGACAACACACUUGUGCAUUUAUCAUGGUUAACAGCAAUUAAUCGCAAGAAACGUUCUGGACAUUUAGUCUCCUCUGGGCUCAUUUAUUAUGUAUUUACUCACCAGUUUUGCUGUUCUUUUUCAACAUUGCCGAGGUCAUGUAGACAACGAGCACUCGUGCGUCCGUUAGACAGGGACAGGAAGCGAGUGGGCAUUCAGGGGCAACCAGGUCCACGAGGCUGCAGGGGUACAGUACAAGCCCUGAUCUCUGUCUCGUCCACACUUCUGUGAAUACAAAGCCUAUAAACUCGCCGGCGCGGUCCGAGGCCCGGCCAGACGGUAGCUCUCCUCGCGUCCCAGAGACCGAGCUCUCUAGCGCCGAGAAACCCAGCCUCGGUUCAGACGACCCGACAUGUGAUGUCUCAGCCUGGCGGCUCGUAACUUUUCAGAGACGCCACGGCUGCCCUUUUGUUUCUGCUAAUUUUCCCAAUUUGCCAAGAAGGAUUCAUUGGUUGUAUCUACUGGUUUCUGUUCGUCCCCUCUUGUUCUCCGACCCUCGCCAUUGAUCAGUUUUGUUUGUCCCGCCGUUUGAAAGCAAGCUAAAGGCUAAACGAGAGAGUCUCCCUUUAAGUCGACGAAGCCUUCACGAAGGUGAGCUGGAUUUGUUUACCCCCCUUUGUACAUUUUAAUGUGUGGCUUGUGCAGCCCUUUGAGACACUCGUGAUUUAGGGCUGUAUGAGUAAACAUUGAUUGAUUGAUUGAAUGAAUAAGGUUUGGACAAGAGGAAGUGAUGUCAUUCAGUCUUUUUUCUGAGUAUCCGCUGCCGAGAAACCAAGCCUCGGUUCAGACGACCCGACAUGUGAUGUCUCAGCCUGAAGGCUCGUAACUUUUCAGAGACGCCACGGCUGCCCUUUUGUUUCUGCUAAUUUUCCCAAUUUGCCAAGAAGGAUUCAUUGGUUGUAUCUACUGGUUUCUGUUCUUCCCCUCUUGUUCUCCGACCCUCGCCAUUGAUCAGUAUUGUUUGUCCCGCCGUUUGAAAGCAAGCUAAAAGCUAAACGAGAGAGCCUCCCUUUAAGUCGACGAAGCCUUCACGAAGGUGAGCUGGAUUUGUUCACCCCCCGAUGUACAUUUUAAUGUGUGGCUUGUGCAGCCCUUUGAGACACUCGUGAUUUAGGGCUGUAUGAGUAAACAUUGAUUGAUUGAUCGAAUGAAUAAGGUUUGGACAAGAGGAAGUGAUGUCAUUCAGUCUUUUUUCUGAGAUUCCGCUGCCGAGAAACCAAGCCUCGGUUCAGACGACCCGACAUGUGAUGUCUCAGCCUAAAAGCUCGUAACUUUUCAGAGAUGCCACGGCUGUCCUUUUGUUUCUGAUAAUUUUCCCAAUUUGCCAAGAAGGAUUCAUUGGUUGUAUCUACUGGUUUCUGUUCGUCCCCUCUUGUUCUCCGACCCUCGCCAUUGAUCAGUAUUGUUUGUCCCGCCGUUUGAAAGCAAGCUAAAGGCUAAACGAGAGAGCCUUCCUUUAAGUCGACAAAGCCUUCACGAAGGUGAGCUGGAUUUGUUUACCCCGCGAUGUACAUUUUAAUGUGUGGCUUGUGCAGCCCUUUGAGACACCCGUGAUUUAGGGCUGUAUGAGUAAACAUUGAUUGAUUGAUCGAAUGAAUAAGGUUUGGACAAGAGGAAGUGAUGUCAUUCAGUCUUUUUUCUGAGGAUCCGCUCGACGGCCGAGGUUCAAAACUAGGAUUCGGUGUCUCCCCCCCAUGCCCUUCUUGUUCUGUCACAAAGUCCGUCUCUUGUCCUCGUGAUCUGUUUCCUCCCCCCCCGUGCUCGUGUCAUGACCCCUCGUCAACUUUAUUGACCGUCCAUAGAAAUAUGGCGCCCUUCCUUUCCCCGGAUUGUUAUGUGUUUGAGUAAAUUAUCGUGGUGAUGCUAUUUUCUAUAUUAAAAAAAAAAAGAAUACUGUGGACUUUUAGGUGGCUUAACAUUUUGUAGGGACAUGUCAUAUUUGUAAGAGUAAACAAAACAAAAAACAAAAAAAGGGGCGGGGCAUCUUCCCUUUCAUGCACAGGGCAUGUACGAACACGAUGUCCCUCCAAGCUACGUAUGACUUCUUUCUGGUACAUGCUUUUUUUUUUGCAGGACUUUCUGUUCCUCGGUUCCCUCGGGAGGUGGUUCGUAUCUGUUUGCAUGGGAAGAAGGCAGGGGAUUGUGGUCUAGAGCUGCAUGAUGUAGGCUGUAUGUAAUUAACCCACGUUGGAUCAUGUGUUCCAAGCUACCAGGAUAAAAAAACUUUUAAGACAACAUUAUGCAGGCGAGACGUCCAAGCUGCCUGAUGACUUCCAGUUGUUUAUUAUUUGUUGUAUACACAAAAAUGCACUGAAUAAAAUGUUUAUAUUAAGAUAUA